AUGAACUACGACGACAUCGAUAACGCCGUGCCCGACAUCGUCAUUGGCGGCGAUGCCGAGCCCGUGGAGGAGGAGCUUGUCUACGAGCACGACGUCGAGGACGGCGCCGACGCCGCCGACACCGCCGACGAGCCCGUCAAGGAGAAGAAGCUGGUGGCGUUCGCCGUCGCCGACGAGUACGACGCCGAGGCCGCCAAGCGGGAAUUUGAGGAAGGCGGCGGGUUACCCGAACAACCCGACGCGCUGACGGUGGAUUUCUCGAAGCUCACGCCGUUGCUGGACGUGAUUAUCAACCGCCAGGCCACCAUCAACAUCGGUACCAUUGGCCACGUCGCCCACGGUAAGCUGACGGUGGUAAGAGCGAUUUCCGGGGUGCAAACGGUCAGAUUCAAGGACGAGUUGGAACGUAAUAUCACCAUCAAGUUGGGGUACGCCAACGCCAAGAUCUACAAGUGUCUGAACCCGGAGUGUCCCGAGCCCGACUGCUACCACUCGUUCAAGUCGGACAAAGAGAUCCACCCCAAGUGUCUUCGUGAAGGCUGUGACGGCCGCUACAACUUGGUGCGCCACGUGUCGUUCGUCGAUUGCCCGGGGCACGAUAUUUUGAUGUCGACGAUGCUUUCGGGGGCGGCGGUGAUGGACGCCGCCCUUUUGCUUAUUGCCGGGAACGAGCUGUGCCCGCAACCGCAGACGUCGGAACACUUAGCCGCCAUCGAGAUCAUGAAGUUGAAGCACGUCAUCAUCUUACAGAACAAGGUCGACUUGAUGCGCGAGGCGCUGGCGCUCGACCACCAAAAGCUGAUUUUGCAGUUUAUCCGCGGCACCAUCGCCGACGGCGCCCCCAUCGUCCCCAUCUCGGCUCAGUUGAAGUACAACAUCGACGCCGUCAACGAAUUCAUUUGCAACUACAUCCCCGUCCCCGUGCGCGACUUCAUGGCGGCGUCGAAGCUCAUUGUCAUCCGGUCGUUUGACGUCAAUAAACCCGGUGCCGAGAUCGACGACUUGAAAGGUGGCGUCGCUGGUGGUUCGAUUUUGCUGGGGGUUUUCAAAUUGGGCGAUGAGAUCGAAAUUAGACCCGGUAUCGUCACCAAGGACGACAACGGUAAGGUGCAAUGCAAGCCGAUCUACUCGUACGUGGUGUCGCUUUUCGCCGAAGACAACGACUUGAAGUUUGCCGUCCCCGGGGGGCUUAUCGGGGUGGGUACCAAGGUCGACCCCACCCUUUGCCGUGCCGACCGGUUGGUGGGGCAAGUGGUGGGCUCGAAGGGGACGUUGCCGCUGAUCUACACCGACAUUGAGAUCAACUACUUCCUCUUGAGAAGAUUGUUGGGUGUCAAGACCGAGGGCCAGCUGAAGGGGGCUAAGGUGCGCAAGUUGGAGAAGGGCGAAGUGUUGAUGGUCAACAUUGGUUCCACCGCUACUGGGGCUAAGGUUGUCGCCGUGCAAGCGGAUAUGGCCCGUUUACAGUUGACGCUGCCGGCGUGUACCGAGGUCAACGAGAAGAUCGCCUUGAGUAGACGUAUCGACAAGCACUGGCGGUUGAUUGGGUGGGCCACCGUCAAGCUGGGGACGACGUUGGAGCCGGUGGCGUGA